AUAAAAUGGCUUCAAGGAGAAGAUGACGUUGUUUUGAUCAUUGGUGCUGUUGUUGAUGUCAGGCUAUUUGAGACUUUACAUUCAUGCUUUGGGAAUAUAUUUAUUACGUUCUGUGCUGCUGUACAAACCCGAAACCAGAGGAAGGUGAGGAGGAAUCAAAUUCUGAAGAAAGCAAAUUACUCAAUGGAAAUGAUUCAGGUAUUAAAAGAAAGAAUAGCUGUCAUUAUUCAGAUGAAGAAAGCCAUAUUCCUGAAUACAGGCAAGAUUUGGCAAACUCAUCUGGGCAGAAUAAUAUACGCAAAAGAAAAAUUGAUAACAAGCAACCAGAAAAGCAAGCAGCUGCUCCACCAGGUAGAACUAACUUGAAUGAAAAGAAAAAGAAAGAAGAAGAGAAGAGCAAGAAGAAUGAAGAAGAACAAAAGAGUAAAGAAGAAAAAACUGCCUCCCAGAAUGAAAAAAUGAACUCUCUCAUUCAGGAAAUCACCAAAUUAGACCCAGAAUACAACCAAAACCCAAAAAUCACCAAUUUCUACUCAAUCACAGAUCCUAAUCAACGCAAAGAAAUCCUCUCUGAAGCCACCAAAACCCUAAAAUCCUACCUCACCCAAAAACAAGCUCUCAUCGCCGAAUACAAAACCCUUGUACCUACCUACAGCUCUCUCUCCUCCAAACCUCUCUCCACUAUCGACCAUUUCUCCACUAAACCUCUUAAAGAAAUGGCUCAAGAAGUUACUGACUGGCAAACAGAACUUACCAGGCUUCAGGAAAUACUAAAUGAGAGACAGCACGAAUUGACUGUUAUUUGUAGAGACAUUAGAGAAAUGAAGAGAUUAAUGGAGAGAGAAGAUCAUGAAGAAGAUCAUGAAGAAGAAAAUGAAGGAGAAAGUGGAGAUAUGAAAUGGGAUGGAACUGUUGAAGAGAUUAAGAGGGAAAUUAAGAGGAAGUAUGUGGAAUUGGAGAAGGAGGUUGAGAAGGUAAUAAUAAAAACAAGGCCUGCUUCGAUUGAGGAAAUCACAGAUAAAUUAGAAAUAUUCACCCUCAAGGACCCUCAGAGCCAUGCUCCACUCCUGCCUCUAUCUAACACCAUCGCCAGGCUAAAAGCCUGUAUGGAUACCCUCACUGAGUCUGCUACAGAAUUGAUGGAAGAAGACUCCAAGUCAGAAGUUGCAAACCAGAUCUUGGUCCUGACUGAAGGCCCCUUUUGUUGAACAGUCCUAAAGAAUUUUGAUCCAGCUUGUGAAGACUGGGUCAUUAAGGUUGAAGGCCAACAUUCCUUGAGACAGCAUAGAGUCCUGCAUGAUCAUUUAGAACAAGUACCUGAAGCAGUUAUCAAGUUGUUGGAAGUGACAGGGCUAAAGGAAAAGAGCAACCUUAAUCAAAGCAAUGAGGAUGAGAAAGAGAUCGACAGUAAAGAAGAAAGUAAGGAAGAAACCAAAGAAGAUAUUGACGAAGAUAAAGAAGAGGUUAAAGAAGAAAAUAAAGAAGAGGCUAAGGAAGGAAGUAAAGAAGACAUGAAACAUGUAGAAAGUAGUUGAUAUAAAUCUAUUAAGCCAUUUGAAAUUACUUUUGAAAAUUUUGAUUUUUCAAAUAAUUAUGAAUGCUUAAUCGAGCUACUCAAAACGUCUAUACAAACCCAACUUUUAAAAUUAGUUUUUGUCGAAUGUUCUCUCCCAGAAAUCCUAGAGGAAUCAGUUAAACACCUCGAAUUCAUCACACCUGAUAAUAAAAUGAGGCCUCUUUAUGGAAUUUCAUUUGAUGCAUGAACAUUCCCAAAUCCACCAGAGCUAAAAGACCCAUCAAUCCUUGAAAAAGACCCCCAAAAUAUUGACAAAGCAGACCAAAUAGGCCUCUUACUCAACAUCGAAGGGCUGCCUUCAGCCAAAUACCUCGGAGAGCCUCCCUCAGAAAUCAACGGAGGCAUCAGCAGCAUUGCUUUGAAGAACAAUGGUUUCACAGAAGUAGAAAUGGCUAAACUCAAAGUUUACUUGUGCUAUGCUGAACACUUAAUUAUUUAUGAACAAGAAUAGGGAGGAUGACUACUUUACGAGUAAUUUCAAUUGUGA